AUGAUGUGCAAGGGUCUAUUUUCAAAAUUGCCCCCAAAUAUUGUGUAUCGGUUUCUUUACGCGAACACGGGCCUUAAAAGCUGUUGCUGGAAGGCGCCGCUAACUGCUCAGCGGCGGACGUUCCAUCGUUCCCCUCAGCUGCACUUCGAGUUGAAUCCUUCACAGCAGAUGUACAGCAUGGAACAUGCAUUUGAGGAGCCAACAUUCCGCUUUAUUUGUGAGGGCAUCGAUAUAGACUACAAGGAGGAGGUGCGGCGGGCUUUAAUGGAGGUGCUCCCCCGGAACCCAUCAAAUUUUGUCGUGCGUGAUGACCUGCCUCAGUCCCAGGGUAGUUCUGUUCAGCGAACCGUCCAGCUCCUUCGUGCAAUUGCCAAGAAGCGACUUCUUUCUUUUGCGCAGGUGAACUCUACCCCGCAGUUGUUUUGUACCUUCUAUGAGGUCAUCGCAAUGUGUUGUACCCCACUUGCGCUGUUGGCUGCAGACCACUUCACCUUCGCGGCAAUGAUAGCGUUGUACGGGUCGAAAGAAAUGAAGGCACUUCUGCUGGACCACGUUGACAGUUGCCACAUUGUUGGGGCAAUUGCCCACAGAGAGCUCAUUGCUGAAGGCGUCCCUCUCAACACAGAAGCGCGCUACAACCGCGGCGAAAAUGUUUUUGUACUGCGCGGUUCGGGAAAGUUUGCUGUUGUGGGUGCCGUGUGUGCGGACUGGGCUAUUGUUACUGCCACCCUUACGCUUAACAAGGAUGACAACAUGGGGAUUCAUGCUUUCGCAGUGCAACUAAGGGAGGGUGGAGUGCUGAAAAAGGGCGUUAGUGCGAGGCCGAUUAAUGGAGAGAAUGAAGCCAUGACUGCUGCCGGCGUGGGCGUCCUUCACUUCGAGAAUGUUACCAUCCCUGUUACUUCCCUACUUCUUCCGUCCGAGAUUGUUGAUGGAAAACUUGUAUUUGCGGGUGGUGCUGCCACUCUCACAUCCGUACAGGCACUAACCCGCCAAAUGCGGUUGGCAUCCGGAGCACUUUACGUUGGAACCUUGAAGAGGAGUUUGACGAAUAUUGUCCGCUACGUCGCACAAAAGUGGAUGGUGGGGCCUGAUGGACGACGCAAUUACCCAGUCUUUGGAGUGCAACAUGUCCAAUCGCCUCUUGUAAAGCUUCUCUGCACAUCGUACGUUUACAUGACCCUCUGGCGGCGCGUGCUUCCCGCCUUCACGAAGCCAGAGGCACAACCGGCGGACUACGAAGAUGAGAUGAAACUUGCCGGAACCCUGUACUUCUUAACGGAUAAUUUGUCGACUCUAAAGAGUUUUGCGGAUGAUUUUAUGGAUGUGCAUUCCUCCCUCAGGAGCACCGGAACGUGCGACGUCCUUUUAACAGUUCAGAUGCGGCGUGAUGGGUUGGACCAUUCUUCACUUAUUCGAGAGGUGGCGUUCAAAUCGGUCGUCAAAAAUGUGGGCACUACCCAUUGGGGUUGGUGGCUCUCCAGUUGUUUCCAGUCGUUUGCGGCGCUGGAUAGGUUCGUUAAAAACCCCUUUUAUUCACCACGAAUUGCGGAUCUGGGAAGGCAUCGGAUUUUUUUUAGUCACAAGCAUUACCGCGAGAAGAAGCGCCUACGGCAAUCCCGUGAAAUAGAAAGGCGUAAAGGCGGCUCCGAGCACCAAUGGUACGACUGGGUAAUGUUUCGUCACGAACAGGUGGUGCACUGCGGCGAAGCGUACAUGGAAAUGUUCGCACUGGAAGUGAUGAUGGACGAAACCCAGGCCUGUACCGAUCCUCGAGCGAGAAAAAUACUACGUGACAUGGGGUGGAUAUUUGCCCUUUCCAGGCAGCAGGACCGGUUAGAUUACUUUCUCACCCAACAAAUGAUGAGUCCCAGCAAAUCCUGCAUCCUCAGCUCCCAUCUUGAUAACAUUGUUACUGUCAUGGCGCCGCAGUGUGUAAACCUUGUCGACGCUUUCCAGGUUCCGAGGGCUCUACGCGCCCCCUGCGCUGCAGAGGAUAUGGAGUCCUACUGGACCAUCCCGGGAACCGACACAGGGAUACAACGGGGGGAUAAGGUUCUUCUGUUUGGCGAUAGGAAGCCUUUCGGAAACACUAAGGCGGAGCAAGAGAAGAUGGAGGAAUCAAGGGAAGAUUUUGAUCUUUUCCAUGGGCUAGCGGGCAAACAGUCCUUUGCACAAGAGAAAUGA